AUGAAGCUCAUCUCCGCAGCGUUCGCGACGUUCGCUCUCAUUGCGGCUACUGUUAAUGGCUCGCCCAUGGUGCGCCAAGAAGCUGAGGGCAACCCAGCUCAGCAGCAGCAGAAAAGCAGCAGCAGCACGUGCAGCCUCACUGGUACCUACAAGAAGGGCACGGACAUUUCGUCCUGCAACACCGUUACUAUCGGAAACCUCAACGUCCCUGCUGGUUGGAACGGACCGCUCGUGACGCUUAGUGGAACCGACCUCACGGUUAAGGGCAACGGCAAGCUUGACGGCCAAGGUGCUUGGUACUGGAAGCAGGGCCAGUCGAUCACCCGCCCGGUUUUCUUCCAGGUGCACAAGGUCAUCCACUCGACGCUGUCGGGCUUCACCAUCCAGAAAAUGCCCUACCGCACGUUCAGUAUUGUGGACUCGCUGUACACGACGCUUACUGGUCUCACGCUGGACUCGAGGGCUGGCAACGGUAUCGCCACGAACACGGACGGCUUUGACCUGAGCUGCAACGACCACAUCACGAUCACGGGCAACAAGAUCUACAACCAGGACGACUUCCUGGCCAUGCAGUCCAGCACCAACACUAUCUUCAGCAACAACUACUGCUACGGCAGCCACGGUAUCUCCGUCGGAUCGCUUGGUGGCAACUCGGGCAACCACAUCCAGGACAGCGACAACGGUCUCCGCAUCAAGACUAUCAUCGGCCUCAAGGGUCUCGUUUCCGACGUGAAGUUCAUUAACAACCACCUGUCGAACGUCCGCUACGGCGUCGUCGUGCACUCGGACUACAGCAAGCAGAGGGGAGGCUACACUGGUGCAGUCACCAGCCAGGCGCAGAUUACGGGCGUGACGGUGUCUGGCCUCACGGGUACUGCUACGAACCUGUACGACAUCGUGGUGAACCCUAAGGCCGUUUCUGCUUGGAAGUUCUCGGGUAUCCAAGUGAAUGCGGCCGCCAAGGGCAAGGUGAACGCGAGCUUUGUGAGCUGGGGGAUGCAGGUGCAGCAGCAGCAGCAGCCUGCGAUGCGCUACGGGAAAGCGCGCACGACCUCCGCGGACUUGCCAUCGGAGAAGUCGCCGCUGGGCACGAGACGGCGGCUGCGUUUCAAGGAGAAGGAGAACGCGGGCAUGCCCGCUGUGCAUCGCCGCCGACGACGACUGGCCGCGCAUCUUGUGAUCAAGAGCUCUACGCGCGGCGGAGCGCAUCUCGAGGUGCUGAUGCCUGUGGGCGAUGCCAGCGCUGUGAUGGGGUACAUGCUACGAGACCCUCGGAAAGACAACGACAAGAACAUGCUGCUAUCUGGCGCUGAGGACACGAAGCACACCGAUGGCAUCCUUUCCCCGCCGCGCGGACUUGAUCAGAUGAGCACCGGCCCGCUGACUUUCUCACAGAACGUGUACCUGAAGGACUACGUGCUCGACAUUGUGCUGACCAAGUCCAAGCACAAGAAUCCCAAGCGUACGACGGUCGUGGAGCUGGAGGCGCCAGGCUUCCGUCACCGCCGUGGGCCUGGACGGCACCGCAGCCUCACAAAAUACGCUGACCAGGGCAAGAUCUCGGUCCACACUUGCCGCGGGCUCUCGGUCGUGCCGCGCUCGCCACUUUUCCCAUACAAGUUGCCUGAUUCAAAGAGUAAGACUUGGAAGCGCUAG